AUGAAUCCCACUUUUUCAAUAAGUGACGAUGCUGAGCGAAGUCGAGCUUUAAUCGUUGCAGACUCCUGUCAUACGCAUAGUCAAAAGACUGGGCAGGAGAUGAACGUUUCCAUGAUGGAUUCCUACAACCUCACCUGGAAACUAGCCCACGAGAUCUACGCCCUGUCUCCUGGGCUGCCAGAAGCUAGCAUUCUAAAAAUAUAUGAAUUCGAAUUCAUGACAGUUGCACGUAUGCUUAUUGAGUUUGACACCAAGUUUUCCUCGAUAUUUUCUGGACAGAUAGUCUCUGAUAGCUCUGUUGAGGGUCUGGCACAGGAGCAAUUCCUCAAAGUCUUCAGCGAUGGGAGUGGUUUCACAAGUGUUUGUAGAAUCAAGUAUCCGCAGAGCAUCAUAGCCAAGGCAAUCAGCACAGAAAACUGA